GACCUGGCAACGUGUCUUUCGACGGAGCAUUAGCUUUUCAGGGCGCAGAUCAACUGGAAGGAUCGUGUGUGAUGGUGGGAAGCCACCUCGUGCUUGGUUCGGAUGGCGAUACCGACGUCAGAUUUAUCAACUGUCACAACAAGGCUAGCAACAGCAGUGGUGGAGCCCUGUCUGUCGGCGGUGGUCUGCUGAUAGAAGGCGGUGCUCUGACCGUGGAGAACUGCAGCAGCCUUACAGGCGACGGUGGAGGCUUACACGUUGACGGAACCCUUGAGAUUUCUGGGGAAGCCACUGCGACAUUUCGCGAUUGUUCAGCCGCCGAACAUGGUGGAGCAGUUUCAGCGCGUCGCAUCGUGAGCCGAGGGACAGUCACAGUUAGUCGGUGCGCAGCACGUGGCAAGCGCGGUGGUGGAGGCAUUUACGUGGAGGUGGGAGAUUUCGAGCAGCUAAACGGGCGAGUGGCUUUCGAUCACUGCCAUGCCACCAUGGGACCGGGAGGGGGGCUCCAUCUGGCAGAAGGCUCGGUCAAGCAGACGGCCGGCAGGUUGGAGUUUUCCAGAUGCCGCAGCCGGGCGGAUGGUGGUGGUUUCGCCGUGAAGGGGCAGGUGUGGGUUGCGGAUGUCUUGCAAGCAGUGGACUGCAGCUCAACCGCCGGAGGUGGGGGUGGCUCUGUGGAUGGCAGCUUCUACCAGGAGGAGCCCUGGUCGCCGUUCGUAGGUGCUGGGGACGAAGGAGAUUUCUGGCAGGAUUCAGGGGAGGAUCCAGGGCAGCUACGUUUCCGAGGCUGCAAGAGCGAGCUUGAUGGAGGCGGUCUUCAAGUGCGUGGGCGCUUUGAGCAGUCGAGCGGAUCUGCGCAUUUCGUGGAUUGCUCCGCCAAGCGCUCCGGAGGCUGCCUGAAUGUCGAGAAGGGGGCCAGCUGGCACGGACAUGGCGAGUUCGUGAAGUGCAAGGCUGGGAAGAAGGCGAAGCAGAAGAUGACGCGGCUAG